AUGCUUGAUUUCUGUCGUCACUAUUAUCGAGGAAAUUCUAAACAGCAAAAAUUAAUUGACGAAUUCGAAGACACUUAUCGACCUGAAGACGCUAUUCUGUGGUAUUCCAAGCAAUCAUUCAUCUACAAACUAGUCAACAAGGCUUUGCGAUGUGAAGAUACUGAUUUGCUUCAUACUUUCAGAUUUUUUAUCGGUGAUCUGUCCGAGAGUCUUGCUCGUGAACAUAAAAAGAUUCUUCAUUCUGGUGACCGAAUAUUGAAAGUCUAUCGAGGAGUGAAACUUUCAAAUGAAGAACUCGAUAAACUCAGAAACAGUGAAGGAAAACUCAUUUCAACCAAUGGAUUCUUGUCCACCAGUCGACUUCGACAACCAGCGCUCGCUUUCGCCAGUAAACUCACAAAGCGUAAAAAUGUUGUGCCUGUUCUCUUCCAAAUUAAAUUUGAUGUGCAACAACUCGGUGAAUCGAUUAAUUUUGCUGACAUUGCCAAAUUCAGUCAAUAUCCAAAUGAACAAGAGGUUCUCUUCAAUUUCAGUGCUGCAUUUCGUAUUGAAACGAUUCAACAGGAUGGCCCAGUGUGGCUCAUUAAUAUGAAUGCAUCUAAAGAUGGAGAAACCAUUACACACGAUUACAUCGAAUUAACACGUCAAGAAACGGAAGAAAAAACGGUUUCUAUCAUGCUUGGACGACUUAUGUGUGACAUGGGUCAAUACGACAAAUCUCAAAAAUACUUUGAACAAUUAUUACUUGAGUCGAACGGUGAAGAUGUAUCUUCGAUCGAACUGAACAUUGGCCGAGUCCUUUAUUUCAAAGCCGACUGGGAACCGGCUCUGGACUACUAUAAUCGUGCCUACAAGAGAAUGAUAAAUACUGAUCCACCUCGUAUCAAAGAAUCGGCAUAUGUACUCGACAAUAUUGGAGCUAUCUUCCGUAAGCAAGGAAAAUACCAUGAAGCUCUCGAUUACUAUAAACGAGCUCUCAAAAUACGACAGGAGUAUUAUCCCACCAAUCAUCCCGACAUUGCCACAAGUCUGAACAGUAUUGGUAGUGUCCUUCUUAAGCAAGGAAAGUGCGAUGAAGCCUUAGAUUUUUUCCAAGAAUCCCGUAAAAUUUAUGAGAAAUGUUUUCCUACUGAUCAUCCAAAUAUUGCCAUAAGUCUGACUAGCAUUGGUAGCGCCCUUCGCAAGCUAGGACAGUACGAUAGAGCUCUCGAGUUCUAUCGAAAAGCACUGAAAAUGCGAGAAGAAUAUUAUCCGAAUGGUCAUCCUGAUAUUGCUUACAGUCUUUGUAGUAUUGGCUGUGUUAUGCGGAUGCAAGAAAAAUAUGAUGAAGCGCUCGAUUUCUAUCAGCAUGCGCUAAAAAUAUACGAGAAACAGUAUCCCACUGGUCAUCCUGAUAUUGCUUACUGUCUUUUAAACAUUUAUAGCCUUGGGUGUCUUAUUUACGCGCACGAAGAACAUGCAGAAGCCCUUGAAUUCUAUCAAAGAGCAGCCAAAAUUUAUGAGAAAUAUUAUCCAAAUGGUCAUCCUGAUAUUGCUCUGAGUCUCAAUAAUUUUGGUCGUGCUCUCGAUGAUCAAGGAAAAUACGAUGAAGCUCUCGAUUUCUAUCAGCGUGCACUAAAGAUCUACAAGAAGUAUUAUCACACUGGCCAUCCAGAUACUGCUAUGUGUCUCAAUAACAUUGGAGCGACUUAUGAGAAACUGAGCAAGUUUAAGAUGGCACUCGACUUUUAUAAGCAAGCACUGACGAUUUAUGAGAAGACUCUUCCGAUCACACAUCUAGAUCGCGAGCGAACUGAACAAAAUGUUCGUCGAAUAUUAUCGAUCAAAUGAAUGAUCAUUGAAAAACUGCAUCUAACAUUUAUCGUGGGUGUGGGUGUGGGUGUGGGAGGGUGUGGGUG